AGUUCAUUCAGAUUGACUCACCUUUCUCGCCACCCACCAUGUCCUCCUUUGCUGCUCGCUCUGCUCAGGCUCUCCGCGCCGCGUCUCGCCGUGCCCCGCGUGCGGCCUCAAAGGCUACGAAGCAGGUGCAAGCGGCAUCGUACUCUAUCCUUGCGAGGAAUGCCGUUUCUGCCUCGGCGCGCAGGACCGUCGCUUCUACGCGUGGUAUAAAGACCCUUGACUUUGCCGGCACGAAGGAGGUGGUGUACGAGCGAAGCGAUUGGCCGCUCGCGAAGCUCCAGGCCUACUUCAAGGACGACACCCUUGCCAUCAUUGGUUAUGGCUCUCAGGGCCACGGACAGGGCCUGAACGCUCGCGAUAACGGCCUCAACGUGAUUGUCGGUGUUCGAGAAGGCGGUGAGAGCUGGAAGCAGGCCACCGAAGAUGGUUGGGUUCCGGGAAAGACUCUCUUCCCGAUCGAGGAGGCGAUCAAGCGCGGUACCAUCAUCAUGAACCUUCUCUCAGACGCCGCGCAGUCGCAGACAUGGCCGACCAUCAAGCCUCUCAUCACCAAGGGCAAGACGCUCUACUUCUCGCACGGCUUCUCUGUCGUGUACAAGGAUGACACGCACGUCAUUGCUCCCCCCGACGUUGACGUUAUCCUCGUCGCGCCCAAGGGCUCAGGCCGCACCGUGCGCACUCUUUUCAAGGAGGGCCGCGGUAUCAACUCGAGUAUCGCCGUAUGGCAAGACGUCACCGGCAAGGCGAAGGAGAAGGCGGUCGCUCUCGGUGUCGCGAUUGGCUCCGGGUACAUGUACGAGACGACCUUCGAGAAGGAGGUGUACUCCGACCUGUACGGUGAGCGCGGAGUGCUGAUGGGUGCCAUCCAAGGCCUCUUCCUUGCGCAAUACAAGAUACUGCGCAAGAAUGGCCACACUCCGUCUGAGGCGUUCAACGAGACCGUGGAGGAGGCUACGCAAUCGCUCUAUCCUCUCAUCGGCCAGCAUGGCAUGGACUAUAUGUACAACGCAUGCUCGACCACCGCGCGUCGUGGUGCGCUCGACUGGGCCAAGAUCUUUGAGGAGACGAACCUGCCCGUCUUUGAGCGUCUCUACGAGAGCGUGCGCAAUGGUACAGAGACGCGCCGCAGCCUGGAGUUUAACGGCCGCAAGACGUACCGUGAGGACCUUGCAAAGGAGCUCGCGGAGAUCGACAACCAGGAGAUCUGGAGAGCUGGCAAGGUCGUCCGCUCUCUGCGCCCCGACCAACAGUCGUAAAAUGCGACCGCAAGCCGUAGAGGGCUGUGUGUGGCACUUACUAUCAAAAGCACGUUGAUGCACUCUUAGACCUUGCUUAUAUAGUCUUAUUGCUAGUAUCUGUCUGCUUUAUGAGCAUCGUUGCGGAAUAUUGAACUAUAGGAUCAGCACUGCGAAACGAGAAAUGCAUGACUGAGGUUCUUGAUCUCUUUUCCUAAGAUCAACCGUGCGUUUUGCCUCUAGAGCUGCUCGCUUCAUGAUCGUUAUGUGACUGUACGAUUAGAAACUCUUCUGCGCGUAUGUCUGACCUUCUCGCGAACUCACCUGUUUAGCUUCCGUCUUGUGUUGAUGCGCCCGUGUCCUAGAAUCCGUCCAAUACCAGUGCAAAUCUCAUCAAGC